GCUGGACAUCUCAGGGUCUCGCUCACACACUCACACACACUCACACACACUCGCUCACUCACACACUGCCAGACGACGAGCCCAACAUCGACGUUUACACACUUUACCUCUGGAUUAUUUCAGACAGACAUUAACACACUGGGAGGAUUUACACUCCGAUGAUGAUACGCUCUGUUGGGAAGCGUGCAGUCAGGACUUUUCUCUGGACAGCGUUUCUACACUUUAUUUUCACCGGAGCUGAACAUGAUGAAGAUGUUUCAAAGUCCUCCGUCCUGCAGAGAGAGAAACGCGAGUGGCAGUGGAACAUGUUGCUAGUGUACGAGGAAAAACAGCCUCAGAAUCCACCGGAGAAAAUCGGCAGGCUGAAGAACACUUUCUUCAACAAGAACGCGGCGUUCCGUCUCUCGGGAGACGGAGCAGGAGACACCUUCAGCCUGAACGAGUUCGGAGAGGUGCUCGUGUUGAAGAAGCUGGAUCGGGAAACUAUCAGCAGCUACACACUAAAAGCACAAAUCAUAGACUCUACGAAUGGAAGGAAGCUUGAGGAGGACACCGAGUUCACCAUACAGGUCCAGGACAUUAACGAUCACACACCCGUGUUCUCAGGGCCUUACACCGGGUUUGUUAAUGAACGAGCAGAAAGAGGAACUGUGGUGAUGAAGGUGCGUGCGACUGAUAAAGACGACCCGAGCACUCCCAACGGCAUCGUCACCUACAAACUGCUGAACGGAACCAGCUUCUUCAGGAUUUCAGAUAAAACGGGUGAAAUUUUCACCACUGUUGACACACUGGACCGUGAGACUCAGAGUGAGUAUACGCUGAUGGUGCAGGCGUCGGACAUGCCCGGAUUAGAGGGAGGACGAUCAGCGAGCACUGUGGUGACCAUCAGCAUACACGACAUUAAUGACAACGUGGCCAUGUUCUCUAAACAAAGCUACCACUUUGUUGUGAAGGAGGAUGUGCCAGUAGGGUUCAAGAUCGGAACGCUGGACAUUAAAGACCGCGACGAGAAACAGAAUAAAAAACCCAUUUUUACUGUAGACCAUUCUCAUAAAGACAUCUUUGAUCUGGAGCUAAACGAAAAUAAUGAUGGAGUUCUCACACUGAAGAAGGGACUCGACUAUGAGAUGAAGAAGAGGUACACUUUUACCGUGACAGUUAAAGAGAAUGUCGCCCAACCUCCGGACAAUACAAACCCCAGGACGAGUGCACAGAUCGACAUCACCGUUGAAGAUGUGGACGAGCCGCCGGUCUUCACCAAGGCAGAAUACACAUUUAAUGUUACUGAAGGUCAGAAAAAUAUAAUCGUGGGAUCGGUUUCGGCAAAGGACCCAGACAAGGACAGCUACAGGAUACGGUACAGCAUAAAGGAUCCUUCCAGUCCGGUGAACAUUAACAGUGAGACCGGACAGCUCACUCUGAAGACCGCACUGGACCGGGAAACCUAUGAUGUACACGUGUUCCAUGUCACAGCAGAGGAAGAAUCUACAAGGAAGCUGGACUCUUAUGCGAUGGUCAGAAUAAACGUCCUGGACAUCAACGACAACGACCCAGACCUGGCCGAAGGGAGCGACGUGUACAUCUGCGAGAAGGAUGAGAGCGGAACGGUUAUCGGUGUUAUUGGCGCCAUCGACAAGGAUGAGAAUCCUGGGAAAUUUCGUUUCUCUCUCGCAGGAAAGAGUUCAAACUUCUCCCUUUAUGACAAUCUGAAUAACACAGCCAGCGUCAUUCUGACUCACGGAGGUUUCAGCACUCAGAGAUCUGUGGAGAACAUUCUGGAAAUCGAGAUUACAGAUGGAGGAACUCCGCCAAGGAAAAGCAUCAGACCUGUUCGCGUGCGAGUGUGUGCGUGUAGGAGCGAGAGACAAAUCGAGUACUGCGCAGCCUACAGCAAGUCGGGCGUCAGUGUGAGCGCCGUCAUCGCCAUCCUGCUCUGCAUCCUCACCAUCCUCGUGAUUGUGAUUCUCUUCGUGCUGCGUAAACGCUAUCAGAAGGAAGUCAUUCUCGGAAAACCAUUCCGUGAGAUUCACGAGCAGCUUGUGGCGUAUGAUGAGGAAGGAGGAGGAGAAAUGGACACGAACAUAUACGACGUCUCCAUCCUGACCUCGGCUCGCUCAGACGCCCGGCUCGGUCCCGAUCCAGCUCCUCCAGCCAUGUACUCCGUAGUGAAGAAGCCUUCAGCCUGUAAAGGGGACAUGGCCGUGAUGAUCGAGGUGAAAAAGGACGAGGCCGAUCACGACCGGGACGGAAUUCCCUACGACACGCUGCACAUUUACGGCUACGAGGGGACCGAGUCCCUCGCCGGCUCGCUGAGUUCACUCGAAUCGUCUUCUUCCUUCGGAUCCGAGCUCGAUUACGACUUUCUGAACGACUGGGGGCCGCGAUUCAGGACACUCGCUCAAAUUUACGGCUCUGAAGUGAACACUUCGUACUGAUCCCGGAUCCUGGAAACCAAAAACCAGCGGAAAAGAAGAUAAAAGAAGAGGCUUGAUUAAUUUCAUCAUUAUGAUUUUUAUUAUUGUAUCUUUGGUAUUUUGUAUUUUCAUCUUUAUAACAGCACAUUUGAUGUAUUGUACUUGAUUGCUGUUUUAAUAUUUUUUCAGGAUAGGAGUAUUUACAGUUUUCCAGCUCCAGCUCGGACACUGAUCCCAGAUCAGCAGAACCCUAAAUAAUAAACCCUGAUCUUAAUAAACUAA